CGCGACCGAGAGCUGGGGGUACUUUUGUUUUUAUUAUUAUUCGGUCUGGUUCAUUAAACAAAGAAAAAACGUAAAAAAUUCCGUACAACAUAAACAAAAUGAGUUUUCGGGACAAACUUCUCAAAAAUUUAGAAAAAGUCAAUGAAAAUGGUGUUCGUCAACAGCAUCCAUCUAAAACGGAUGAUGAAAUCGAAGACAUCUUAUUCCAACAACACCAGAAGGCAAUCAAUUCCAGCGAAAAGUUGAAAAGGAUGAUAGAGCAGUCCAAAAACUCCGAGUCGUAUCGCUUCAUUCCGCAGUUUCAUUUCGAGCUGCCGAAGAACACCGAUGGGCUGGCCCAGAAGCUCCGAGAAGAGGCCAGGACCCUGUUCCUGCAGAAGCGCAGCAAAGAGUUGCUGGACAACAACGAGCUAAAGCUGCUGUGGAGUCUGCUGGAGAAGCACCAUUCUCCGCCGCUGAUGGGCGAAGAGCAGUACAUCAACUACGACAACUACUGCAAAGUGGCCGCGAUUGCGGGGGAUAAGUUCCGGAAGUAUUUGACGGCUUCGACCUUCGCCCGACUGCUGGUGUCCAGUACCUAUCCAGGGAAAAUCAGCGUGAUGUCACUUUUCAAUUAUGCCAUGCGGAAGGUGUGGCUGCAGCAAACAAGGAUCGGAUUAUCGCUGUACGACUACACCGGCCAAGGCUAUCUGAACGAGUCGGAUUUGGAGUCGUACAUUCUGGAGCUGAUACCGACCUUCCCGCAGCUGGAAGGGCUGGAGAAAUCCUUCCACAGCUUCUACGUUUGCACGACGGUGAGGAAGUUCUUUUUCUUUCUGGAUCCACUGCGGACGGGACGAAUUCGGAUACGGGACAUACUGACGUGUAGCUUCCUGGACGAUUUGCUGGAACUGCGAGACGAGGAGAUUCCCAAGGAUGCCCAGGAGAUGAACUGGUUCUCUGCACCGUCGGCCCUGAGCGUCUACGGUCACUAUCUGAACCUGGACAAGGACCACAACGGAAUGCUCAGCAAGAAGGAACUGAUCGGCUACGGGUCGGGAACGCUGACUCCCAUCUUUCUGGACCGCGUAUUCGCCGAGUGUUUGACCUACGACGGCGAGAUGGACUACAAGACCUAUCUGGACUUUGUGCUUGCACUGGAAAAUCGUUCCGAGCCGCAAAGUUUACACUAUCUGUUCCGCAUCCUGGACGUGGAGCACAAAGGCUACCUCACCGCAUUCACCCUCAACUACUUUUUCAAAGGUAUCCAAGACGAGAUAUCUGCCCACCGUGCGGAACCGGUCAACUUUGCCGACGUGAAGGACGAAAUUUUCGACAUGGUCAAACCGGCGGAUCCCAGCCGUAUGACCCUGAAGGAUCUGAUUAACAGCGGCCACGGAGAAACGGUCGUCUCCAUACUGAUCGAGUUCCACAAAUUUUGGGCCUACGAGAACCGGGAAGUGAUGGUGACCGACUCACAAACACCGAACACCGAUGAAACUCACAACUUAUGAUAUCAGGGGCAACAGCCGACGGCAGCUGUUGCUGCUGCUGUGGACGAAAUCGUGACGGCGUUUUGAAUUAUUCAGUUUCGACUGGAAACUUUUUCACCUAAGCGCUUAGAGAAUGCUACAUUCCGCGUAUUUUAAACUGUAUCUUUCUACUAUUUGCACUUGACUGAAUAAACUACCUAUGAGAUUUCUUUUCUAUUAAAGAAAAACUAAAAUUCCAUUUUGCAA